CUUGUCAAGCACGUAUGCUGAGCAUGGUUAGUCAGGAGGGCCUCCCAAAGUAAGGCCCCUCACCGUUGCCCCACCAAAGGAGGGCAAGCCCCUCACUCCUUCCUCUUUCCAACCUUCGAGGAGCCCGUAUAGAAGCAAUGGCCCCGAAAGGCAAGGGUGACGCUAAGGCGGUGGCCGCUAAGGCCGCCAAGGCCGUGAAGAAGGGCAGCUUCAAGAAGAGCCGGAAGCCCCGGUUCUCGGUGGUCUUCCACCGCCCGAAGACCCUGCAGCGGACCCGGGCUGGCAAGUACCCCAGGAUCAGCACUCCUUCGCUCCAAAAGCUUGACCAGUACGCGGUCCUCAAGUACCCGUUGACCACUGAGUCGGCGAUGAAGAAGAUUGAGGACAACAACACGCUGGUCUUCAUCGUGGACCUGAAGGCCAACAAGAAGCAGAUCAAGGACGCCGUGCAGCGCAUGUACGACAUCCAGACCAAGAAGGUCAACACCCUCAUCCGGCCCGACGGCGUGAAGAAGGCGUACGUCUGCCUCACGGCUGACUACGAUGCCCUGGACGUUGCCAACAAGAUCGGCAUCAUCUAAACGACUCGAAGGGGCUGGGGAGCGGCGGGUGCAGUGCUCUUGUAACGCUGUACGUAUGUGAUUUCCU